UGCCAGGAGCCAGGCCUGGCCCCUCACACCGAGACCUGGAGUGCAGCUUCCCUGAAGCUGGGACACUCUUUUCACACCCGCAGGGAUCCCACAGGCUCUAUGUCAUCGCUGGGGCGGCCCGAGGCAGCGGAGCAGACUCUGCUCGUGGGGAACUUGGAGAGCCGGGUCAGGGAGGAGAUCCUCUAUGAGCUCUUCCUGCAGGCUGGACCAUUAACCAAAGUGAUGAUUUGUGAGGACAAAGAAGGAAAACCUAAGUCUUUUGGAUAUGUCUGCUUUAAACACAGAGUAUCAGUGCCUUAUGCAAAAGCUCUGCUGGAUGGAAUCUGUUUGUAUGGAAGACCAAUUACCGUGCAGUACUGGAGAGGGAGUUCUCCCUCACCAGAACUAGACAGUUGUACAGAUGGUUUUGAACACCAUAUUGACUUAGAGUCUCUUGCAGAAAGGCAUCAAGAGCUUUCUGGAAAUUCUCCAUUUCCUGUUACUCCUUUGUCAGUGAACAACAGUUUACUUCAUGAUCAUCCUGGCUUUCAAGAGGUGAAUCAAGACUGCACGGAGUUAUCCUGAAUUUGCCACAUCCAAGUGUCUGUGAAGUGCACCAAGCAGGAUGAAAGAAAUUGAAAAUGGCAAAGUUGUGACAAUGACUAGUACUGAAGAUAAUAAAAGGAGACAAAGACAGUGUGGCCAAAACUGGGGAAAAAAACCCCAAACCUGGAGAAAAAGACAUAUUAAUACUACAUAUUUUUAUUAUUAUAUUUGCUUUCAUCUUUGAACUUCAUUAAAGAAGGAAUGUUCCAGA